AUUAAUUAACAAGUGGAUAAGUGAAGCCAAUGAUGAUAAAAUAAACAUAAUUUCGGGAAACAUAGAUAAUUAUGUGCCUCUGUUGAGAUCCCAUCACAAAUCUCAAUUCCCAAAACACUGUUUCUUUCUCCCACACCACCACCACCUUUUCCCUCGUGAUCAUCGACAUGGCGAGAGGCGCCUCUCAAUCUCAAUCCACAGCGUCCCACGCCACCACGCGACCGGGCGUGAUGGCUCCUCGCGGCACCGCUGCCGCCACUGCCGGCAUGCGCCGUCGCCGCCUCGGCGGAGGAACCAGCUCCGCCUCGGUCAGCGGCGGCUCCGGCGCCGGCGGAAGCAAUAUGCUGCGGUUCUACACCGACGACGCCCCCGGCCUCAAGAUCUCGCCGACGGUGGUGCUCGUCAUGAGCCUCUGCUUCAUCGGCUUCGUCACCGCGCUCCACGUGUUCGGCAAGCUCUACCGCUAUCGUUCCUCCGGCGCCACUGUUUGAUUCCACUUCACGAUCACAGAGAAUCUGAUCUGGAUCACGAAAUUCGGGCUUGAAUAGGCUUCCUGUUUCUCUAGCUGUGAAAUGAUUGGAUCUUCUUCUUGCUGUUGAAGGAAGUCGCAUUUGGCCUUUCCCUGAAAAUCGAUGACUGCAUUCAUUUAUUAUUUUAUUCAUUCAUUAUAUUAUUACACUUUUUUGCUUAAAUUUCCUAAACAAACAACGGUUGCAUUUCAGCAAUUUCUAUUAUCACAUUGCGUUCGUUUCUGUUAAUCACGUUUUAUUAGUUUAUGAAGUGCCACAUUUGUUGUUAAGCAACGAUGCAAUUGAAUUGUAAUGGUUUUUACUAUAUUUUA